GGGGCUUCUAUGGGGCUUUGCAUGCAUUUCAACGUAACGAGUCCCGCCAGCCCGACGGAGAAUGACCGAGAACACUGUUUGUCCUCUCUCACCCGUGCGGGGGACUGUGAGGGUCCUUCAAGAGGAUGGCGAUGAACCAUGCAGUGAUGUGCCUGAUCUGAGCAGCAACUGGUCCCAGCCCGGCCUUCGAACCAAUCUGGUAGACGAACAGAACGACAAUGAGGACAAGGGAGCAGCUGAUGGCGGCCACGUCAUGACCAACGCACACGUGCGGAGGACUGUGAGACUCUUUCAAGUGGAUGGCGAUGCAUAUGAACCAUGCGAUGUGAGCAACAGCUCGUCCCUGCCCAGCCUUGGAAACAAUCCGCUGGACGAACGACAGAAUAGCAACGAGGACAAGGGGGCAGCUGAUGGCGACCACAUCAACAUCACAGCGUACGAGCACGGGGACGAAAGACGACGAGCGUCAAUCACCUCAAUCACAACCACCACAACGGCAGGGCAGACAAACAUCGCAGUCAACGACAGCAACAAGGCGGACGGGAAGCAAAAAGAGGGCCGUGUGUUGCCUGGCGAGGAGCGAGCGAUGGAUGCAUUAGUUCGUGAGUUUCGUGAGGCGGCUGGCUAUGAUGCCGCUUAUGAGGAAUUCGACACGACGCUCGAGUACAGGACGGUGGCGGACCCCGACGGCGGAACACGAGAGGUGCUCGUGGGUGCACACUUUGCCCCCGAACCUCUGAGGAUCACCGUCAGACGAGUUAUGAAAGUCAUCAUACGGCAGCUGGGGAUGGCUCUUGGCAUCGCGGCGCUUCUCGUUCUUUACACACUCGCUCUUUGGCAAUUCGCAUGCCGAUCACUUUUCGACCUGGGUCCCGCUUUCGACGUCAUCCGUCGUAUUGUGGCAUGCCUCAUG